AUAAAUUUCACAUUGAUCUAUAUAAUGGUAUAUAUAAUACUUAGGUCCUAAUGAAGUUAACAUCAAUGAGUUUGUCAGGAUGCUUUGGGAUGUUAAAACUGGAAAGAUUGCCAUGGUUACUAAUCUACAAGAAGUCGGUGGAAUGAAAUGUUUAAAAUACUGGCCAUCAAGUGGCAAGGUAAAGACUUUCAGAAAGAUAAAAAUUGAACUGAUUGAAGAGGAUGUAUUGGCUCAUUUUACUAUUAGGACAUUAAAAAUAACGAAAGAUGAAUGUGGAUCCCGGACAAUUAAACAAUACCAUUAUACAUCAUGGCCUGAUAAAGGUGUUCCGAUUGAUAUGGCGUCAUUAGUAGAAUUCAGAAACAAGGUUAACAAAUCAAGAACACGCCAUCCAGGACCAUUAGUUGUACAUUGCAGUGCUGGUAUUGGACGAACAGGAACAUUCUUAGCUUUAGAUUAUCUGAUAGAAGAAGGUAAAGCUGAAGGUUCUGUUGAUGUUUUUAAAUGUAUUUCACAGAUGAGAAGAGAAAGAGUAAAUAUGGUUCAAACUAAUGAUCAGUAUGUAUUUCUACAUGAAGCUAUAUUAGAAUGGUAUAUAGCUGGUGAUACUACUACGACUGUUACAUCUUAUCAAGGUGUUUAUCAAGAUCUUCUUAAAGUUAAACAAAGUUCUGGUAAAUGUGAACUAGAAGAAAAGUUUGAAAUGAUGAACCAGGUUUGUCCGAAAUAUACAGACGCUGAUUAUUCUACAGCUUUACUGAGAGAAAAUCGAAACAAAAAUCGAAUAGGAACAAUAUUGGCUUAUGAAAAGGCUCGACCAUAUUUGUCAAUAACAGUCCCGAAUACAACAGAUUACAUAAAUGCAGUUUAUAUACCAAGCUACAGAAGGAAACGAGCUUAUAUUUUGACCCAGACACCAUUACCUAAUACUGUUAUAGAUUUCUGGAGAAUGGUUAUACAAACAGAAUCUCAAACAAUCGUUGACCUUGAUUAUGGACAGAAUAAAAAUAAGGGUGUUGGUCAGUAUCUACCAAGAGAUAAACCACUAAACUGUGAACCCUUUACUAUAACUAAAACAGAAGAAAUACAACAGGAAUUUUAUACAAUUAUAACAUGUCAGGUUACAAGUACUUCACAAGAUAAUAACUUAGACCAAACGGUUAGAAUCUACCAGUGUACAUUUUGGAAAGGCCGAGACAACACACCCAAAUCAUCCAGUCCCCUUUUCACCCUGUUGGAACACAUUCAGACAUGGAAAUAUGAUCAAACAGAAAACCCAAUUAUUGUACACUGUCGAACUGGUGUGGACAAGGGGGGAUUACUCUGUGUUCUGGCAGCCAUCUUAGAAAGAUCAACCAUAGAACAAGACGUCAGUGUGUUACAGACUAUAAUACAGCUUCGAGUAUCCAGACCACAGAUUAUUACUUGUUAUGAACAAGUGAAAUUUUGUUUCGAUGCUAUUGGUAAUUAUCUGGAUCAUUUCUCAAUGUAUGCCAAUUCUUGUUGAUUGUAAGUUAUAAUAUACAUCGUAUUAUUAUGAAACUUGAUAAUGUUAUUGUUACAUUUGAUAUUAGACAGGUAAUUUUUCAAAAAUCUGCAUUUAUAAAUAGCUUAUAUUACUAGGUACGGUAUUCGUUAUAAUAUUUUACAGAAGGAGUGAGGUUAUCAUCAUUGGCGUAUAGACGUCACAAAGAAUAGGGUUGUAUAUUAAUAUAAGUUAGAAUGACAGUAAUAAUUGUUGCAUUUCUAUACCGCAAGAUUUCAAAUUAAUAUAUGCUCUCUGAGCGUAUAGAUUCCUUUAAUUAGGUUUCAUCUCAUGUGUUUGUUGCUAUUGGUAAUUAGGCAUAGUCGUAAAAUUAGAAAUACAGUAUGAUAAGUAUUUGACAUCAAAUAUAAUAAAAUCGAAACUUUUAUUAUUCGUAUUUUUGUUUGUUUUGUUUGCUUAUUAUUAGUUAACUACAAUUUGUAUAUUUAAUCCAUUCAUUCUUUUCGUUAUAUUUAUAUUUUUAUACUAUUAAUAUACAAUAACUAUGUUUUUCAUAUUUAUGUUUGUGCUGUUUGUUUUUUUUAUCUGUUAACUACAUUGGUAUAUUUACUUUAUUUAUUCGUUACGUCAUAAUGUUUAUAUUUUUAUAAUUACAUUAUUGUCAUAUCCAAAUUAUCAGAAAACCCCCAAUAUUAUAUUUUCUAAAACUAUUAACUUUAAAAACAUUUUAUAGUAACGUAUUUCGGAUUGUAAAUCUAAAAAUACGAGCGGUGACAUUUAACAGCAUCACGAGUUGGCAUACUUCCAUCCUUUCAAAACUGUUUUUCGGUGACUUAUUUUUACUGUGUUGUAAUUAGUAUAAUAAUUCUAUACAAUUAAAUCAACACUUUAAUUAUUCGUACUUUUGUUUGCUUAGUAUGUAACUACAAUUUAUUUAUUGGGUACGUCAUAGUUUUAUCUUUAUAGUAUUAAAAAGACAUUAAUUUCGAAUAAGAGGAUAUAAUUAUUUGACUAUCAGAAGUCAUAUCCAAAUUAUCUAGAAAGCCCCAAAAUAUUUUCUUAAACUAUAAACUUUAAAAAUAUUUUGUGGGGACGUAUUUCGCAUUGUAAAUCUAAAAUUACGACGUGUAACAUGUAACGUCAUUACGUGUUGGCAUAUUUCAAGCUUUUUAAAACUGAUUUUCUGUGACCUGUUUUUAUUUUGUUGUUAGUAUAAUAAUUAUAUAAAAUAUUAUUUGUCAAUUCUUUGUAUUAUAUCACGUUAAAGUUUUUCUUCAUAUGUUUAUAAUAUGUUUUUGCGUAAAGUUUUAUGUUAUAUAUUUUAUUGCCGAAUUAUAAUAUUUUCUAAAUUAUAUUUUCAUAUUUUCGCUGUAAAUUUUCUAUUAAUAUCUGUAAUAUAUGUUUUAAUCGUUUUGUACGCCUCACUUAAAUGGCUACGUUUACGUUAAUUAAUAUUAACCAAAUUGUUGUAACAAUUUUAAUAUCUUAAUCGUUUUUGUACAAGCUCGCUCUACUUUUUCUGCAUUUUGCAUGGCGACUGUUGUUGACGUGUGGUCUAGAAUUGAAUACGGUCGUUUGAAGAGACUGGUUUUGGUGAAUAAUCAUAAUUUAGGGCAUAACAGAGUUUACAAGUUAACAUCUGUGGGGUGCCGAAGUUUUUCUUAGCAUUCGACUAUCCCUCCUUCGACAAUUCUUGGUUUAGUUCUUUUUAUAGCCCUUUCACACAAUUUUCUAUGUAGGUUACUGUUUAAGAUAACAGUCGGUUUAAGUUACAGAUCACUCUUAAUUUUCCCAAAGAAAAAUAUUCUAAGGAUGAAAAAUAGCCCGUUCACACAAUUUUCUAUGUAGGUUACUGUUUAAGAUAACAGUCGGUUUAAGUUACAGAUCACUCUUAAUUUUCCCAAAGAAAAAUAUUCUAAGGAUGAAAAAUGAUAAAUGACUCUAAAAGGACAACAUCAAUAAUAUAUGGUAAAACUCUUCACGUUUUUGACCCAUCUGUGCAUAACGUUUGAGAGGCGAAAUUGGUGGUCUGCCUCCGUUUACUCGAAUACAUAAUGAGACUUACCUCGCUUACGAAAUAACGGGACUGUCCGUUAAUUAUAAUGAAUUACUUUAAAGAAAAUAUCCAUUUAGUACAAUGCUCAAAAGCCGUGAAUAUACUGAAAAUAUUCAUUUAGUACAAUGCGCAAAACCCGUGGAUAUACUAUAGAAAGAAUAAAGAAAAUUGAUUUUUAUUAUUCUACACAUCAACUGAUUGUUGCUUGUUUUGUGAUUCAUAAUAAAUUUUGCUUUAUAUUUUAAUAAAUAAGAUA